CUAUGUCUAAUAACAGUCUUUCUCUUGAAAACAAAGUUGCCAUCGUUACAGGAGGCUCCAGAGGUAUCGGAGCAGGAAUCGCUGAGACAUUAGCAAGCCGUGGUGCCAAGGUUGCCAUCACUUUUACUUCUGAGAGUAGCAAAGAAUCAACCCAGAAAUUAGUGAAUAAGAUCAAAAGAUUCGGUACUUCAGCAGACGCCAUCAGUAUUCAAGCUGACUUGCGUGAUCUUGCAAGUGCUAAACAUAUCGUUGAGACUACUGUCAAAGCUUUUGGUCCUACUAUUCAUAUACUCGUCAACAAUGCUGGAUUUUUGGAAUUAAAGACGUUAGGAACUAUUACCAAGGAAGACUAUCAUCAAGUUUUUGAUGUAAACGUUAGAGCCGUCCUAUUUAUGGCAGAAGCCGUGGUUGGUUAUCUUCCCAAGAAAGAAGAGAGUAGUAGUGGGGGGAGAAUUAUUAAUAUUGGAAGUAUCAUGGGAAGAAUGGGAUACGUUGGACAAUCUGUUUAUGCUGCAAGUAAAGCAGCACUUGAAGGGUUUACGAGGUGCUGGGCUGCUGAAUUAGGCCCACAUGGUCACACGGUCAAUCAAGUCAAUCCAGGAGCAGUAGAUACGGAUAUGAUAAAAAAGUCUGAAUUUGAUGAAGAAGCAGUAAAAAAAAUAACUCCUUUAGAGAAUCGUUUUGCACAGCCUCAAGACAUUGCCGAUAUCGUCGCUUUCCUUGCCGAAGAAAACAGUAGAUGGGUUACUGGGCAAACGAUAUCUGCCUCUGGUGGAUUACAAAUGUAUUAAUUUGCAUUACCUCAUAAGUAUCAUUAUAAUUAAUACCUCGAUCCUCUUCUAAUGAUCGACUCAUAAACUAAACAUGAUAUCUUGUGUAUAUAUAUCGCCUAUUGUUGGAAAGAGUAACAAGAAUCAACCAAGGUUGUUUAUAAAGAAAUAUGGCUUGUUUUUGGAUGAAAUAAAAUAGACACCCUCUGGUUUUAAAGUGUAUAUAAUUUGUAUUCAAAUGUGAAUAAAUUUAUGACCUAUACAAAAGUUCCAACUAGCAUAUUGAUGGAGAAAAAACCCUAUAGCUUCUUUAUACAUUCAAUAACAUCUA